AUGUCGGUUCUUGUUAAUGGUAGUCCAACAAAAAAGUUCGAGGUGGGUAAAGGAUUGAGACAAGGUGAUCCCCUUUCGCCGUUUCUUUAUGUGUUGGUCGCGGAAGGACUUACGGGGUUGGUAAGAAAAUCCAUAGAGAUUGGAGAAUUUGAGAGCUUUUCCAUUCAUCGUAGUUGUAACAUCGAUAUUCUUCAAUUUGCGGAUGACACUUUGUUGGUGGGGAAAGGGACUUGGAAACAAGUUUGGGCUAUCAAGGUUGUGUUAAAGGCUUUUGAGUUAGCAUCGGGGUUGGGCAUUAAUUAUCACAAGAGCAAAUUGAUUGAUAUUAAUGUGAAUAAUGCGUUCUUGGAAGCCGUAUCAAAUGUUCUUUCUUGUAAGGUCGAAGAGAGUAAUUUUUACUUUCUUGGGAUACCGGUGGGGUUUAAUCCGAGGAAAGUUGAGACUUGGAGACCGAUCAUUUCCAAGAUGAGAAAGAGGUUGUCGGGGUGGAAAAAUAGAUUUCUUAAUUUAGGAGGAAGAAUAACUUUAUUGAAGUCUAUUUUGAGUUCUUUAACCGUAUUCACUAUGUCCUUUUACAAAGUGCCGAAGAAGGUGGAGAAAGAGCUAACGAGUAUCCAAAGUAGCUUUCUCUGGGGAGGUAUGGAUGAGAAGAGGUUUUUAACUCAUAAUGGGUUUAAUACUCCAUUUUGGGAGGCGAAUUGGUUGGAGGGGAUGGUUUUGAAGGAUGAGUUUCCGGAUCUGUUUGAGGUGUCGCGUUUAAAAGGGGUAUCGGUGGCGGCUAUGGGGGGUUGGGUGGAUAGUGAGUGGAGGUGGGGGGACUUAGGUAUUCCGGAGGAUUGGUUGGAUAAUUCUUUAAGGUUAGCCGAUUGGGAAAAAGUAAGGACUAUUUUGGAGGCUUUUGGGAAUUUGGGUGAGGAGAAGGAUGGAGUGGAGUGGAUGCCCAAUAGCAGUGAUGGCUUUUCGGUUGCUUCGUGCUAUGAGGUUUAUGCGAGCAAGCGUAUUUUAUAUGGUCCUAAUUGUAGAUUUUAUGAGGCGAAGGGGUUGGUUUGGAAGUCGGAAGUGCCUUUCAAGAUUAAGGCUUUUGGGUGGAGGCUUUUAGCUAAUAGGCUUCCAACAAAAGAUCUUUUGGUGCUAAGAGGUGUCUCGAUUCCUUUUGAUAAUUUAAAGUGCUCUUUUUGUAGAUUUCAUUUGGAAAAUCGGGAUCAUUCUUUUUUUGCUUGUUCUUAUGUAAAGAAUAUUUGGAAGGAAAUAGCGUUGUGGAUAGGUAAAGGGGGGAUAGAGAAGGAGGAGAGCUUGUCGAGUUUUAUGGAUUGGCACUCGUUUUGUAAAUCAAAAAAGAUAGAUGUAAAGAAGUUAGAUAUGGUAUGGUUGGCUACGGCGUGGUCUAUUUGGUUGGGUAGGAAUGGGGUUUGUUUUAGGGAAGAGGAUUGGAAUUUUGAUGACUUGGUUUGGAAUAUCAAAAUUCUGGGCGUCUGCCUUCCCUAUUGUAAACAGGUUGGAGAACUCUUAGUUCUCCGGUUUAUAUAA